AUGAGCUAUCCUGUAGUAGUUGCUAUUGAUUUUGGAACGACUUAUUCCGGUUUCGCUUAUGCUCACAUUGCCAGACCAGCAGAUAUUACUAGUCAUGAUUCAUGGCCAGGUCAAAAUAAGACACGAUUCAAAGCUCCAAAAAAUAAUACAGUUUUACAAUACGAUAAUUCAUACGAUAAAGUCAUAGCAUGGGGUUAUCAAGCGUUGGCCCGAGAACCUAGGAGAAGAAGAAAUAAUGCAGUAGAACCCGUAUCAAAACCUGUAGAAUAUUUUAAAUUACUUCUUAAAUAUGACUCAAAAAGAUCAGAUAAAAUACGCAUGCCUGCAGGACUAGAUUAUCGUAAAGCAAUUGCUGAUUAUCUAAAAGCCAUGAAACCAGUUAAUAGGACUAUCGGAGUAUUACAAGAGUGUAUAUAUGCCGCUGGUUAUUUAGAAAAUGAAAAUUCAAAUAAUAAUUUAGAAUUUAUUACAGAACCUGAAGCAGUCGCACUGUAUUGUAUGGAUAAAUUGAAUGAACAUUUGUUGAAAGAAGGAUCUACAUUUAUGGUAGUGGAUUGUGGAGGUGGCACAGUGGAUUUAACAACUCGAAAAUUAGCAACCAGUGAUACUUUAUCAGAAGUUAGUGAACGAACAGGAGAUUUCUGCGGAUCAACUUAUGUUGAUGAUGAAUUUAUUACUUUCUUAAAAAAUGAACUAGGAUCUAAAGCAAUGAGUGAUUUUAAAGAAAAUCAUUAUGAUGAGUAUCAAUAUUUAAUUCAUCAUUUCUUUUGUCCAGAAAUAAAGUUUGGGUUUGAUGGUGAUAGUUUUGAUGCAACAGACUUGGACAUUGGAAGAUUCUGUCCAGCGCUUAAGGAUUAUAUAACCAAAGAUAUUAGUGAUAAAUUGAGAAAAGAGGACUGGUUACUAGAGAUUACUUAUGAAGAUGUUCUUGCAAUGUUUGAUCCAGUAAUAAACCGAAUUAUUCGUUUAAUCCGUAAUCAAUUAACAGCUUCAAAAGAAAAAUGUUCUGCUUUAUUUUUGGCUGGAGGUUUUUCAGAAUCUCCAUAUCUUAUCUCAAAAAUAAAGAAUGCAUUUGGUUCUACAGUAUCAAUUAUUUCCGUGCCUCAAAAUCCAAUAUCUGCUGUUGUACGUGGAGGGGUUAUCUAUGGUUUAAACACAAAGGCUAUUGCAACACGUCAAUUGACAUUGAAUUAUGAGUGGGUAACAGGAGAUCCACUAGAAAAAAAAACAGAAGAUGAUCAUAUAUUCAAAUUUGAUUGUUUAGCAAAACGUGGAGUGGAAUAUUCACCAACUCAAGAUUUUUCUAGCACUUAUUCCCCUGUUUACCCUGACCAAAAAGGCAUGAAUUUCCAGAUAUAUGCUACACCAAGAAAUAAUCAAAAAUUUUGUGAUGAACCUGGUAUGGGAUUGAUUGGAGAAUUGUUUAUUGAAUUACCUGAUGUUAAAUAUCAGCUCGAUAGACCUGUGGAAUUUUCUUUGAUGUUUGGUGAACUGCUUAUUACUGCAACUGCAUGGUGCAAAAAAUCAGGAAAAGCUUGUAAAGCUACAUUUGAAUAUGCUAGACCUGAAGCUUAUGAAGUAAAAAAUCGCAGCUGGUUUAUUUGA